AUGAUGGACGAGGGGGAUGGGGAAGGGGGUGAUGGGGAUGAUGGAGAUGAUGGGAAUGAAGGGGGUGAAAGGGCUGAUGGGGAUGAUGGAGAUGAUGGUGAUGAAGGGGGUGAUGGGGAUGAUGGUUGUAAUGGGGAAUAUGGAGAUGAUGGAGAUGAUGGAUUUGAUGGGGAUGAUGAUGAUGAUGGAGAUGAUGGAGAUGAUAGGGGUGAUGGGGAUGAAGGGGCUGAUGGAGAUGAUGGAGAUGAUGGGGGUGAUGGGGAUGAUGGGGAUGAUGGAGAUGAUGGAGAUGAUGGGGAUGAUGGGGGUGAUGGGGGUGAAGGGGGUGAUGGAGAUGAUGGAGAUGAUGGGGAUGAUGGGGAUGAUGGGGAUGAUGGAGAUGAUGGAGAUGAUGGAGAUGAUGAUGGGGGGAUGAUGGGGAUGAUGGGGAUGAUGGGGAUGAUGGGGAUGGGGGAUGAUGAUGGGGAUGAUGGGGGUGAUGAUGGGGAUGAUGGAGAUGAUGGAGAUGAUGGAGAUGAUGGAGAUGAUGGGGAUGAUGGGGAUGAUGAUGAUGGAUGA